UGUUUGUAACCCCAUGACAAUAACAAGAAGAUUUUAAGAAUAGCGAGAUUUGACAAAAAAAGAGUCUCCUUCCUCUCUCUUCUCUUCUCCUCUUCCUCAUUGAAAACCUUUUUGUUCUCGUAUUAUCAAUAUUGUAGCCAUCAUCAUCACAGUCAGCACCAUCCACAAAAAUCAACAACAGUUAUGUCCGACUAUGACCAACUCAGCGAUUUUAGAAGACCACCCAGACGUUUUCACGAAUACAUGUAUGAUCCUGCUGAAGAUGAUGGCGUUUCUAGCGAUCCGUAUGAGCAUCCAGAAGCGUCAUCACGACUGCGUCGCCACGGAAACAAGAUGCAACAACAACACCAUCCUCGCCGUCGCCGAUCCACAUCACAUAGAUCUUCGCCUCGUCGCCGUCCUUCGACAGGCCCACCUCGUCGUCACAACACAUGGAUAGACAGUGGCGAUAUUGACGUCGACGAAGAGGACAACAGCGACGAAUACGAUAUAUGGAACCAGGAAUUCCAUCCAUUGCCGCCAUUGCCAGGAGCGCCAAUGGGCCCCUAUCCUCCACCAGACGCGGUUGAUCUGUAUGAUUACGAUCCUGAAUUCGAGGAAGGCAUGAUGUUUCCCUUUCCUCCACCGAUGCCGCCUCCACCGAUGCAUUACCAUCCCUUCUUCCAUGGUCUACCUCCACCACCAUUUUUGCCGGGUGGUCCGCCAGAGGACAUGUUUGACCAGGACGAAGAAAACGAUUUGAACGAUUUUCCAGUUGUACCACCACCUGGAUUCUUGCCACCCCUUCCGCUGCUUGCUCCCGAUCUUUCCGUACGACCGAAACGGGCGCGGUCACUUCCGAGCCGAAAACGGGCAGCAGGCCACCUGCCUCCUUCCUUUCUCACGCAUGAUGAUGAUGAAGAAGAAGAAGAAGAUGACGAUGAAGAGCUCUUUCUUCCAAGAAUGGCAGGACCACCACCACCGCCACCACCUCAUCUGUUGCCACAGCCCAUACUGCGUCGAAACAGCACAAGUCGCUUAAAAAAGCGUUUAUCAUCCUUACGCCGGGCCAAUUCAGUAACUUCAUCACCCGGUGGCGGUGCUACUCGUCGUGCUGCUAGUAGCAGUAUUCGACGUGGCUCUCUCCGACGUCAAGCCAGGAGCGCGCCUGGAUCACCGGUUGAACUGUUUUCACCUACCAUGGGCCCUGCAGCUCCAGAAGAGGAAGAGUUUCAUGACGCACAGACACACCAAGACUUUGGCCAAGAGUCCGAUGACGAGGAGGACGACGACGACGAAGAGCAAGAACGACGACGAAACAGUAUACGCCGACGUCGAUCAUUGAUGGGGAAAACACCAAUGCCAAUGCGACGUAGAUCUAUCCAUAUGAUGCCUCCUCCUCCUCCUCAUCAGAUGGGUCCUCCACCACCACCACCACCUCCUCCUCCAAUGGGUCCACCUGUCAUGGAUGGUGGGCAUCGUUUGGGUAGACGUCAUUCACUCUAUGAACCAGGACCCAUGUCUGGCGAAAUGAUGGAUCAUCCCAUGAUGCGUCGCAUGUCUAUUGGGGGUGGCAUGGGCCCACCUCCUCCACCUCCCAUGCCCAUGGGGCUUGGUCCAGGUGCUGCAGCAGCAGCAGUUGCUGCCGCUGCUUUUGGUAACUCAAGGCCCAAUAUGGAUCUCUCUGGCGAUCAUUCCGGGAGCAACAGCAACAACAACAGUGCACCGGGCACACCAUGGAUGCCAGCUUCUUAUUUCUCAAGCCCGUCCGGCGGCGGUGCUGGUAUGCCACCUCCAUUACACCAACAACAACAAAGUACGAUGCCAAUGAUGUCAAUGCAACCGCCGUCUGCGUCUGUUUCUAUGGGUAUGCCAUCGCUUGGUAUGCCUCCAUUGCCUCCUCUUCCAUUUUCAGGGAUGCCUCCACCACCUCCAGGCAUGAUGAUGCCGCCGCAUCACCCUAUGGGAAUGAUGCCACCCAUGAUGAAUGGUAUGGGCGCAGGUAGCGCUGGUCCUCCUCCUCCUGGUAUGGGUGAAAACAUGAUGGGUGACGAGCAUAGCGAUGACAUGCAAGGACAUCAAGAGCACGAUGAAAUGCGACAUGGAGGAGGUCCUGGCAGCGGUCGAGGUAUGAUGAACGAGCCACCAAUGAGCGGUGGUAGCAACCGAGGAAUGGAUCCAUCCAUGGGCGGCGGUGGCGGUGGUAUGCACGGCGGUAUGAAUGGCGGUAUGCACGGCGGUAUGGGCGGUGGAGGAGGCAUGGGAGGCCAUCACGACGAUAUGGACCAUGGUGGACAUCACGGUUUUGGCGGUGGCAGAGGAGGCGACGAAGACGACGAAAUGAUGAUGCACGGCGGUGGUCCAAGAGGCCAUGGCGGUCCUGGCGGUCCUGGCGGUCCAGGAGGUAUGAUGCCUCCUCCUCCACAACACCAAGGAUUCGGUAGUCCAAUGAUGAACGGCGGUCCUGGCGGCUUUGGUGGACCUGGCGGUAGACAGCCACUCGGACGUAGAAAGUCAUGGUUUGGCAAUCUUUUGGGCGGCGGAGGCGACAAGCCAAUGGACAUGCACAUGUGGGACCGCAAUUCAAUGAUGCCACUAGAAGAAGCCGUGCAACAAAUGUCUCUUGGCGGCGGCGGUAUGGGUGGUGGUGGUGGUGGCGGCGGUGGCAUGAUGGGGUCACCGGGCGAUGGAUCGUCGUCUUCCUCAAUGCGAUCCAUGGGUGGUGGCGGCGUCGGAUUGUCCAGAAAAAGCAGUAAGAAACUCACAAACAAGGCACAGCAAUUGCAACAAUUCCCUGGAAUUUGGUGUUACCGACCGAGCGGCAUGAUGAUGUUUCAACAAAACGGUGACGAUGAAGCUGGUGGCGGAGGUGAUAACGUCUGGGCACCCUUCAGUGUCAACAACCAGCGCAAGUUGCACCGUGCUACCCAAAUGAACGGAGGCCAAACAACCGUCAACCUUGACAGGGAAGAAAAAUUGCCUGGGAAUGUUUAUGUGUCGCCAAGGAACAUGGUUGCUCACCACUAUCGAUCCAUGUUUGGCAAUCCCGAAAUGCUCGAAAUCCAAUAUAUACCCACGCAUGAUAGCACUUUUAUGGUGCGACCAGAUAGCCAUCAUGAUGAGCCCUCCAUGGGCGGUUUUGGUGGAGGUCCGCGACGUGCUUCCGGUCCUCCAGGUGGAGGUGGAGGCAUGGCAAAACUAAUCAACAGUGUAUUUGGUUAGACAGAAAAAAAUAACUUGAGCCCUCCUGUUGUUGUACUUUAGUGUCACUUUAUAUGUACUUAAUUCACCCCAAAAAAAGGUCAAGACCUAUAUCCAAAAUAUUAUAUCAAAUAAAUAGCCUGUGUACAAAGCAUUCAAU